AUGUCACUGUCUCUAGUAUCGACGGCCGCUGCUGCACCACAGUCACAGUCGACCAGCUUGGGAUCAAGAGCAACAGAUACCUCCACGGGUUGCAACAACUCCCCCGACCUAUGCAGCAAGACGUACAACUCAGUCACGCACCUGGGAGCACAUGACAGCGCUUUCCUCCGAGACGCCUCGACCGACUAUUCGAUCGCAGGGAACCAAUUCUUCAACGCCACAAAGGCAUUGGACGCCGGCCUCCGGUUGCUCCAGGCGCAAGUCCAUCUGGAGAAUGGUGUGCUGCAGCUUUGCCACACCAGCUGCUCUGUCCUGAAUGCCGGAACGCUAGAAUCGUGGCUGUCGGCCAUCAAAUACUGGAUGGACAAGCACCCAAACGACGUUGUGACCAUCCUCCUCGUCAACUCGGACGACCAGGACGCUUCGGUGUUCGCCAAGGUGUUCGAGGCAUCCGGGAUGGCUGACUACGGCUACACCCCGCCAUCGACAUCGGCAACCAAGAACUGGCCGACGCUGCAAACAAUGAUCGACAGCAAGAAGCGCCUGGUCACCUUCAUUGCCUCGAUCACGGCCAACUCGGCCUAUCCCUACCUCCUGCCCGAAUUCACCUACGUCUUUGAGACCCCUUUCAACGUGAGCAGCCUUAGCGGCUUCACUUGCGGCGUCGAUCGGCCAAAGGGGGUCUCGUCAGCGGCCUCCGCUGUCCAGUCCGGCAUGAUGCCUCUGAUGAAUCACUUUGCGUACAUCAACAUCGGCAGCAGCAUCCAGAUACCGGACGCGUCCGACAUCGACAUCACCAACAGCCCUUCCCAGGAUAAGACCGGCGCUCUGGGAACGCACGCAAAGCAGUGCCAGGCCGAGUGGGGCACAAAGCCGACCUUUAUGCUUGUUGACUUUUGGGACAAGGGCCCCAGCAUCGAUACUGCCAACUCGUUGAACGGUAUCAAGAACACCAGUUCCAGCGGGGCGGCUGUGACGACGUCCGGAGCGCCAAACUAUUUGCGCGUGACGAGCGGCAAGGGCUCGCUGUGGAUGUUUGUGGCUGUCGCAGCGCUGUUCUCCCAAUUCUGA